AUUAUUUUAAAAAAAUACAAAAACAAAGAAAACAUGUCAAGCAAAAGAGAAGAAAAGUGUUUGUGAAUGCUAUGAGUUUGAUUUGGCUUUGGGGUUUUUGACUGUCUUUUUCUUCCUGUUUUUGGGUUUCCUCUGGCAGUGCGCUUUUGAGAAAGACAGACGCGGGCUGAUACCGUCAAAGUCUCCCCGCCCUGCCCCCGCUGGCCCUUUCUCUUUCUUCACAGAUCCAUUUCCUUUUUAUUUCUUUGGUGUUGAUGGACUGGAGCUUGAUCAGUGAUCAGAAUUGUUGUUGCUUUGGUAAUUUUGAUGGAGCUUGAGGGUUUUUGUAGGUAGAGUUAGUGCUGGUGUGAUUCAAUUUCUAGUGUGAGGUAGAUCAAACUUUUGGUAAGUUGAUUGACGCUACUUUAAUUCGGUAAAGGGCUAAAAGUUAUUUGAAUAAUUUGGUUAUUGUAUGGAAAAAUUUGGACAAAGAUAGAAACUAUUAUCGCGGUGAUCAACACAAUGGGAGGGCUUUGCUCGAGGAGUGCGAAUGUAGAUAAUGCUCCCGGUGAAAGCUUUCCGAGUGUUAAUGGUCAUUUUAACUAUGGGUCUACAUUGGUAUAUCAGUCCCGCGAACUGAAAGUAAAUAGCAAUUCGACUCCCUCUCCUAUAGGGGAGAAUGUUGAUGAUAAGCAGUUGAGAGAGCCGUUCUCCUUUCCUGGGGGUAGUGCAGUUCCAUACGGGGCGUAUCCAGAUGACAUCAAUGACGGGAUUCCUCGCUUAUCAAGAGCUCUAUCUCACAAAUCUAGAUCAACCAAGUCUAAGCAGGUUGCCGUUGCUAAGGUUUCCGAAGUGAGUUCUCUUUUGGGCAGAGCUGGUACUGCUGGGAUUGGGAAGGCAGUGGAAGUUUUGGACACACUUGGUAGUAGCAUGACCAAUUUGAACGUCGGCAGUGGAUUUACAUCUGGGGUGACAACAAAGGGAAAUAAAAUUUCAAUCUUGGCUUUUGAAGUUGCAAACACAAUUGUAAAGGGUGCCAAUUUAAUGCAAUCCCUUUCAAAGGAAAACCUCAGACAUUUAAAAGAGGUGGUGCUUCCAUCAGAAGGGGUUCAAAAUUUAAUAUCCAGAGAUAUGGAUGAACUCUUAAGGAUAGCUGCUACUGAUAAGAGAGAAGAAUUGAAAGUUUUUUCUGGAGAAGUGGUACGGUUUGGAAAUCGUUGUAAAGAUCCUCAGUUGCACAACUUGGACCGAUAUUUUGCAAAGUUGGGUUCUGAACUUACACAGCAAAAGCAACUGAAGGAAGAAGCAGAAGCAAUAAUGCAACAAUUACUUACUAUGGUUCAAUACACAGCUGAAUUAUAUCAUGAAUUGCAUGCCUUGGACAGAUUUGAACAAGAUUAUAGACGUAAGCUUCAGGAAGAGGAUAAUUCAAAUGCUACUCAAAGAGGAGACAGCCUUGCAAUCUUGAGAGCUGAGUUAAAGAGUCAAAAGAAACAUGUAAGAAGUUUGCAAAAGAAGUCUCUUUGGUCCAGGAUUUUGGAAGAGGUGAUGGAGAAGCUUGUAGACAUUGUCCAUUUCUUGCAUUUAGAGAUUCAUGAAGCCUUUGCUGAUGGUGAUAAACCAGUAAAAGGCUCUCCAAGCAGUCAAAAGAAGUUGGGUUCUGCUGGUCUUGCCUUGCAUUAUGCAAACAUUAUCACUCAAAUUGAUACUCUUGUGUCUCGAUCAAGUUCUGUGCCGCCAAACACAAGGGAUGCUCUAUACCAAGGAUUGCCGCCUAAUAUAAAGUCGGCAUUGCGUGCCAAAGUACAGUCAUUCCAGGUUAAGGAAGAGCUUACUGUCCCACAAAUAAAGGCAGAAAUGGAGAAAACUCUGCAGUGGCUUGUUCCUAUUGCCACUAACACAACUAAGGCUCAUCACGGAUUUGGUUGGGUUGGAGAAUGGGCAAACACAGGUGCUGAGGUGAAUCGCAAACUGGCUGGCCAGACCGAGUUGCUCAGGAUUGAGACACUACACCAUGCGGAUAAGGAUAAAACGGAAGGAUAUAUUCUCGAACUGGUUGUAUGGCUUCACUAUCUCGUGACACAAGUGAGGGCUAGCAAUGGUGGAAUACGAUCUCCUGUUAAAUCCCCAAUUCGAUCCCCCAACCAAAAGACAAUUCAGUUAUCUACCAACAAGGCCCACCCGCCGUCUCCCAUGUUGACAGUUGAAGAUCAAGAGAUGCUUCGCGAUGUAAGUAAAAGGAAAAAGGCUCCAGGAAUAAGUAAGAGCCAAGAGUUCGACACUGCCACAACCAGGUUAAGCAAGCACCAUAGAUUGACUAAAAGUAAUAGCCACUCCCCAACAAGUGAAAAUAAGAAAGACCCCUUUCCGAUUCGAAGACCUUCUUCGGUUCCCGUCAUUGAUUUCGACAUCGAUCGCAUCAAAGCCUUGGACGUCAUCGAUCGAGUUGACACAAUUCGAAGUUUAUAAUAAUCAUAUGCUGCAGAAAAGAAACUGGUGCGGCACUGGAGGGGCCUGGGUUCGGAAAUUUUCCUUGAAUCAUGUUGGUUGAAUCUAUGAGUCCUGGUUGAGGAAAUGAUAAGUGAUAAAGAGUCAUUAGUUUUUGUCAAUGGAAAUUUGAGGUGAGAAAGUAUUGUAGAAGGGGAAUUUAAUUGUUUUAAAAGCUUGGAAUGAAUGGAUAUCAAAAGUUAUAUAUAGCUUUUAGUAGUUUUAGUUUUUGUAUGUACAGAAUACUUCAGUUCCUUCUAUAAUAAUCAAAAGCACCUGUGUUUUUUUUUUUUUU